AUGAACUUUGACUUCACAGACAAAACUCAACAAUCUUUCUUGGCUGCCAUUCAACUUGCAAAGGAUUAUUCUAAUGCCCAACUUCACCCUGCCCAUAUCGCUGCAGCUCUUCUGAAUGAGAGUGCGGGAGAUGAUUCACUAGGUGGUCUGUCAAACCACGGUGGAAGCUCCCUGUUCUCUUCUGUUAUACAGAGGGCUGGUGGUGAUCCAGUUAUUGUAAAGCGUGGACUUUUGAAGAUCAUUGUCAGAGUACCCUCACAAUCUCCACCUCCAGAUGAGAUUUCCAUGAGCGCCGGUGCGUUGAAGGUUUUGCGCGAGGCCCAGUCACUCCAGAAAACCAUGCACGACUCCUACAUCGCGCAGGACCAUAUACUUCUCGCACUUUUGAAGGACCCAUCGGUAUCCUCUGUCAUCAAGGACGCUGGCCUCACCGAGGCUGCCUUGAAGACAGCUAUCGAGCAGACCAGAGGAAAUCGUAGAGUGGAAAGCAAGAACGCAGAGGCAGGAUUCGAUGCCCUGCAGAGAUAUGCGGUCGACUUGACUGCUCUCGCCGAAGAAGGGAAGAUCGACCCCGUUAUUGGUAGAGAUAAUGAGAUCAGGAGAAUCAUUCGUAUUCUUUGCAGAAGAACAAAGAAUAAUCCUGUGCUCAUUGGCGAGCCCGGAGUUGGAAAGACAUCAAUAGCAGAAGGUCUUGCUCAGCGCAUUGUCAACCGGGAUGUGCCAGCCAGCCUCAUUGGGCGCCUGUUCUCGCUUGAUAUGGGCGCGCUAAUGGCUGGUGCGAAGUACAAAGGCGAGUACGAGGAACGCAUCAAGUCGGUUUUGAGCGAAGUGGAGAAAUCAUCCGAGGAUGGCAAAACUAUUAUCCUAUUUGUGGAUGAGCUUCACCUCAUCAUGGCUGGUCGAGGUGCCGAAGGCGGUGGCAUGGAUGCAGGCAACCUCUUCAAGCCGCUUCUGGCUAGAGGCAAGCUGCGUUGUAUUGGAGCUACCACGCUUAGCGAGUACCGGAAGUAUAUCGAGACAGACGCUGCUCUGGAACGAAGAUUCGCACAAGUUUUGGUGAACGAACCCACUGUUCCUGAGACGAUUAGCAUUCUUAGAGGCAUUCGAGAGAAGUACGAGGUUCAUCAUGGUGUUCGAAUUUUGGAUGGUGCCCUGAUCUCUGCUGCAACUCUGGCUCAUCGUUAUUUAACUUCGAGACGUCUUCCCGAUGCCGCUAUUGAUCUCGUCGACGAAGCUUGUGCAAGCGUCCGUGUUACUCGAGAGACAGCACCCGAAGCUAUUGACAAGCUUCAACGUCGUAAGCUCGAACUGGAGGUUGAAAUUCAUGCUUUGGAACGCGAGAAGGAUCAGGCCAGUCAGGAGCGUCUAAGCGUGGCUCGCAAGGCUAUCGCCGAUGUUGACGACGAAUUACAACCUCUUCGGGCUGCCUAUGAGGCUGAAAAGCGCAAAGGCGACGAAAUCAACGAAGUGCGGAGGAAGAUCGACGAUCUACGCGCUAAGGCCGAUGAGGCAGAGAGAAGAUAUGAUCUUGCAACUGCAUCUGACCUUCGCUAUUAUGCUCUGCCAGAUCUCCAGAAUCGCCUAGAGGCCCUUCAAGCCAAAAAGGUCGAAGAGGACGCCAAGAUCGGUGGAGGUGCAGAUACCGUCACUCCUGAAGAGAUCGCGGAAAUCGUCGGACGGUGGACGGCUAUUCCAGUUACACGUUUGAUGUCAACCGAGAAGGAGAAACUCCUUCGCAUGGAACGUAUCCUCGCCGAUCACGUUGUCGGUCAGCCGGAAGCUGUGAAAGCUGUCGCCAACGCUAUCCGGCUCUCGAGGAGCGGACUGGCUAAUGCUCAGCGGCCCAUUGCCAGCUUCUUGAUGGCCGGUCCUUCUGGCACAGGGAAAACGUUGCUUAGCAAGACACUCGCUACUAUUCUCUUUGACACCCCUGAUGCUAUGAUUCGCAUCGAUGGUUCUGAAUAUUCUGAGAAGCAUUCUAUCGCACGUCUUAUCGGCGCCCCACCUGGCUAUGUUGGUCAUGACGCUGGAGGACAACUCACCGAAUAUGUUCGGCGCAAACCCUAUUCCAUCGUCCUCAUCGACGAGAUUGAGAAGGCUUCGCGAGAAUUUGUCACACUCUUCCUUCAGGUUCUCGAUGACGGCCGACUCACUGAUGGACAGGGUCGCUUUGUCGACUUCCGGAACACUGUUAUCAUCAUGACGUCAAAUCUAGGUGCUGCAUACUUGAACGACGUAGGCCAGGGUCCAGUAACUCCGCAGACCAAGCAGCUAGUCAUGGGGGCAAUAGUGGGCCACUUCCCACCCGAGUUCAUCAACCGUAUAGAUGAGAUCGUUGUCUUUGUUCUAAUUUUUUACACUAUGGUGCAGCGCGCGCUUUCCAGAAGCAAUAUGCUCAAGAUCGUGGACCUGAGGCUCAAGGAGGUCCAAGACCGCCUAGCUGAGAAGAAGAUAGUACUUGACAUCGAUGGCGAGUCAAAAAGAUACUUGGUGUCUAUCGGGUACUCGACGACAUACGGAGCAAGACCAUUGAACCGCGCUAUCCAGAGCGAGCUCCUGAAUCCUUUGUCGGUGAUGUUGCUUUCCGACCGCAUUCGUGACGGGAGAGACUGCCAGGCUGAUGUUGAUGCAAUGGAUGAAGAUUGGAAUGAAGCUGAUGACAUUGAGAUAGAGGAGAUGGAUUAA